CGGUCAGAGCGUUACAACACCAGCACGUUGUGGAUGCGUUUUUACCAAAUCAUCUGCCUUUUAAACCCAAGUGCCAUGCAGCUUGUUACUUCAUGAAAGACUGUGCGCAAAGACUGCUCCAGUUGCCUUUUCUUGUUAGUUUUCCUUCGGUUUACAAGACAGCAUUGUAUUUGUUCGACAACGCAUCCUUGACCGGUUUGGAAUCGAACUCACGGUGGAGAGAUGGAAAAGGAAAAUAAACAUGGAUCAUCACAUCAGUACGGCUCUCUGGAAUGCACUAAAUGGAAUCCAGACACUUCCAAAACAGAAGAGGACAUCGUCUCCAUGGCAGACUCCACCAUCACCAUAGAUGACAUUGAGGGAGAGCUAUUCAAGAUCGACAGAAUUCGAGAUGUGCUGGUCAGAAGAGAGUCAGAACUCAGAUACAUGAUGGAUGACAUUCAGCUGUGUAAGGAAAUCACUCGACUCAAGAAGGAGCUCCAGAAACUGGUGUCCAUACCAGACAAUGACAAGUCCAACGAGGACAGACAGAAAGAGGAAGAACUUCUCCAGCAGAUCCACAAGCUGGUAGAGACCAGAGAUUUCCUUGUUGACGACGUGGAGUUUGAGAGGCUAAGGGAAAGGGAGGAAGACAAAGAAAUGGCUGAUUUCCUCCAGUCCAAGUUCCCCAAAAACUUGAAGAAGAAAGGUCAGGUUCCAGCCAGACGGCUAACAUCCAGGGCCCAGCAGACCUCGUCCCCCUUCACUAAAACCGGCCUGUCCCUGCUGAAGGAGUGCUGUGGCUUCACCUGCUCCAUCAUGUAGGCCGGGCCCUCAGGGGCCCUACCAUGGAGCCAAAAUAAAGCCCUGUUGCAUCACAGUUUGCAUCACAGUUUCAGCUUUUCAACCCGAGAAACACUUGAAGCACGGACAGACAACGAGCGAGUGGACAAUGUUCAAGGAUAGGUUGGGGAUGUCGCCAGGAUGAGAUUGAUGGUGUUGUUGUGUGUUUUAUCUCCCAGUCUAUGUUUGUUUCUCUUUCACUCCUUUGGUUCUCUCUCUCGCUCCCUCUCUCUCUCCCGCUUUGUGUCUCGCUCCCCCUCCCCCUACCCCCUCCCUCAAUUUUUCUAUUCCGCUCUGUCUUCUCUCUCCAUCAUUAGGGAUCCAGUCCUGUCUGCACUUCUAGUUGGGUUCUAUACCCAGUGUCCCCUCUCCCCAUCAAGCUCAUCCCCCAUGCAAUGAUCUUCCAUCGUCUGUAUCUGUGGUGAGUGAUUUGAAGGAGUCAGGCGCAGGAGGGUAAAUCAUAGAAUAAAAGGGUUUAUUCUGAAAACACAGCGGUACGCAGCAAUGCGUCACACACUCCAAUGCGUAAAUCAGGUGCACUGGGAAACAACUAGGCACACGGGGAAAUAUCCCGGCGAUACAAAAUACAAGGAGCUCAACUGGA